GGCGGUGGGAACUUUCAUCCUCCGUGAACGCGCUCGAGGCAGUGCCCCGUCGUGAUCGUCGCCAGGACCUCGACGACGUCCGUCAAUGAAACAUUCGCAAGGCUGUACUUUGCCUGAUCCUGGCCCGCCGACAUGCGAACAGACGGCAUCCUUGUAUGAUAGAUGGGACCCUGAGAGACGCGGGUCUGCUCAUAAAGACUUGUCUUUCACCAUCGUGUCCUGACUUCUCCCAUCCUUUCCUCGACGUCCAGCUCCUCAUAUUCGCUCUUUGUACACACCUUCCUAUCUUUUACGAGCUCUGAACGAGGAUGGACGCCGGAGGUGAUUGUUGUUGUUGCUGCAGCAUCUGCUGCUUGUUCGUUUCUCUCUUCCAGUCGUGUGCGCCGUGCUGCGCGAAGCAAUGUCCGUGCUGCUGCAAGCAACGCAUUGAGGACGACGACGACUCGGACCUGGAGUUGCAAGACGACCAAAACCCCCAGCAACAGCCCGGACACCACCCACAGAUGUCAGCUACUGGACCACCAGCAACGACGCGACCAUCGAGUUGAAAAGGGUAGCGGAUGCCGACUGUGGCGCGGCGGCGGGGGGCUGGGUGAUGUUGAUCGAGGAAAUAUAGGCGACCUGAUAGCACGCUAGUCGUGCUUUCUCUUUGGAAUAUCUAUUUGCUUUACUGAACCACUGA